GGGAGGGAGGGGAGGACUGCGGCAGGCUCAGGCCCUGGCGCAGGAGGCUGCUCGCGUCCAUGGCGCUCUCGUGGCCCUCGGCCGUCCGCCUCGCCGUCGCCGCCGUCCUGCUCGUCGCCGUCGGCGUCGCGCUCUUCACGCUCCCCGUCGAGAAGAUUCUAAAGGACUUUCUGGUUUGGAUCAAGGAGAACUUGGGUCCAUGGGGUCCUUUGGUGUUGGCCCUCGCUUACAUCCCUCUGACAGUCUUAGCUGUUCCAGCAUCAAUUCUUACACUUGGAGGGGGCUAUUUAUUUGGAUUGCCAGUAGGGUUUGUUGCUGAUUCCAUUGGAGCAACAAUUGGUGCAACUGCUGCAUUUCUGCUUGGCAGGACGAUUGGGAGGCCUUAUGUUCUCUCAAAAUGCAAAGAUUACCCUAAGUUUCAAGCAGUAGCCAUUGCCAUCCAAAGAUCUGGCUUCAAGAUCGUGUUGCUACUAAGGCUUGUACCUUUACUUCCAUUCAACAUGUUGAACUACCUGUUAUCUGUCACUCCUGUUGGUGUUGGAGAAUACAUGUUGGCUUCUUGGUUGGGAAUGAUGCCAAUCACUCUUGCUUUGGUGUACGUUGGAACAACACUGAAAGAUCUAUCAGAUGUGACACAUGGGUGGAGCGAGAUCUCGACUACUCGAUGGAUUUUGAUAAUAUCUGGCUUUGUAUUAUCUGUGGUCUUGAUUAUCUGCAUCACAAAAAUUGCAAAAUCAUCUCUGGAGAAGGCAUUGGCCGAGAAUGGAGAGCUGGAUGUAGGAACAUCGCAGCUUCCUGUGGUAGCCUCUCCCUCGGAUCUGCAACAACCUCUUGUAAUCAAGAUUGACACAUCAAAUGAAGAUCACGAGAAGUAAAAGUGUUGUGUUUACAAUCCCUGAUGUACAUUCUUUGGCUGUUGAGUCUGUAGACUAUAUAUAUACCCAUAGCUCUGGUGAGGCCGGUAAAAGGGUAAAAACAACCCAAAAAGAGAGAAAAUGAGGGUGAGUUUGACUGAUAGGUAAUAGUGCACUCUGUUUCACUCCACGUGCUACCAUAUCUUUGGUGAAAAUGCAAUUGCAGUAUUUAGUUUUCUGACU